AUGCAUGUAGACGUCUUCCGAGGCAGGUGCUUCGCGCGGCAUAUGAGCCAGGCAGCAGUUGCGUAUGCGGCGCCCGAGGACGUGGAGAGCGUGCCGGUCAAUAAUACGCUUUACGGACGCCGUAAAAGAAGAGGAAGUAAUGGGCUAGCUGUGCGCCAAGGCAGCGCACUUUCGGACCUGGACAGACGUGUAGAAGCUCUGAAGAAUACUGUCCUGGUCGAAGAAUCUAUGAUGGACGUCCCGCCAUACACCGAACAGCAGCUCCUCUCCAUCUACGAAGACCUGCUAGCUGUCCCCAAACCCGAGGAAGAGCAAGCUCCCACUCCCGCUCCCACUCCCCACGCCGACGCGUCAGAGGUUUCUGUUAAUGUCGAGGAACUCGAUCGAAUAGCACUCGAAAAGGUGUCUGGUCGACUUCUGUUCGAAACUGACUUCCCGUCGACGUCCGAGGUGGUCGCUCCGUCUUCGAUCGUCGACCGUCUCCUCUCACAGUUGCAGUACUUCAUGGACAACACGGAGCGGUCUACUUUUCCCAUCAAGAAGUAUGUGAGGCCGUCUGACUGGCCGUCAUUAGUACGAACUGCUGUUCGGGAUGGCGACAUCCAAGCCGGGGAGAGGGCACUAUUUCUUGCUGAUCAAUUUGGGGUGGCGAUACCCGAAGAGGCUAUGAAUGAAGUCUUGAACUUCUACGCCAGAGCAGGAGACGUACACAAAGUAGAAUCGCUCAUGCACCAAUUGAUAAAAGGUGACCCAACCGAAAGCCAACGCCACAUCCACAUCAAAGCCCACCUCGCCUCUACUCCCCCGCAAACCAUGCCCGAAGCCGCGCUCUCCCUCCUGCACGCCUACGAAUCGCGCGCGCUCCCCGCCCCGAUGCGGACCUACACGCGCUGCAUCACCGCUCUCCUCUCGCUCCCCUCCGCCGCCGCGCGCGCGCACGCGUGGGACCUCUUCGCGCACAUGCGCUACGCGGCGCACCCGCAGCCCGACGCGCUCCUCUACGCACUCAUGAUCCGCGCGUGCCCGCCCGACGAGCCGCAGCGCGCACUCGACCUCUGGGCGGAAAUGACGCUCGACGCGCGCCUCGAGCCGACGCGCGGCGCUUACAACGCGGCGAUACGUGCGCUGGCGCGGAGCGGGGAGGAGGCGUACGUGCGGGAGGCGUUCAGGCUCGCGCGGGAGAUGAUGGACGGGUGGCGCGACGCGCGGGGUGUGCCGCGGUUCGAGCCGGAUGAGCGGACGUUCUGCGCGCUGCUGGAGGGCGCGAAGCGGCUCGGCGAUUUGGCAAGGGUGAGGUGGAUACUGGCGGAGAUGGUGAAGGAACGGGAGGGGAGGGAGGGGGUGGUGAUUGGGGAGGAGGUGAUGAUGCACGUCUUCCACGCGUAUGCGGCGUACAGGCCGCCCUUUAAGCGGACGGAUACGCGGAUCGUCGAGGGGGAGCGUGAGGGUGAGCCGUCUGGUGCUGAAGAGCGCGGCGAGGAAGAGGCGGCGCAGCAACACGAGCCGGGUCCAGUAGUCGCCAGCGAGGGGAAGACGUUAUCGCAUGUCCCCCCUCAAAGCCACGGCGAGACCGUGCGCGAAGCCGCCUUCCUCUUCUCGCGCAUCACCGAGCCGCGUGACGGCGCCCCGCGCAACCCCUUCGCCGCCGUUGCGCUCACCACCAGGCUCCUGAACUCGUACCUCUCCGUGCACUUUGCGCACGCGCCGCUCGCGGACGCGCGCGCGCUCUGGCGCACGCUCUUCGCGGCACACGGCGUGCAGAAGAGCGCGCGGACGUACGUCGAGGCGCUCGAGUGCUGCGCGGGCGGGCGGCAGCGGAAGCGCGAGAAGGGCGAGGCGGCGGCGUUCGCGCGCGAGAUCUGGAGGGAGUGGCGGGGGGUGGAGGCGCGGUGGAGGCAAGGAGAGGAGGGGACGGGCGUGCACCCGCGGAUGGUGGAGCGGAUGCACGCUGCGAUGAUCAGGGUGAUCACUUCCGCCGGCGCCCUGGACGACGCCCUCCUGCACCUCGCCGCCUUCGUCCAUCUCUAUCCGCCGCACGCGCUGCGCGAGCCGCCGCCGCCUUCGCCGCUGCGCUCGACACGCACGGCGCUCGACGCGCCCCGGCCGCUCGUGCGCCUGGCGGGCGUGACGGAGGUCGGCGACGAUGGCGUGCCGCCGCUGCUGACGUUCGCGGACGUGGAGCUGCUGCACCACCGGCUGGUGGCGGCGGGCGACCGCGAGGGCAUCGCGUACGUGAAGUGGGUGUGCAAGGCGUAUGAGGGGGCGUUGAGGGAGAGGAGGGAGAGGGUUAUGCGCGCUGGGAGGGGGGGCGAGGCAGCUUAG